UCUCAUCGCACAGAUUGGUUCUGAAACAAAAACCUAGCCUUACACCGGCGAUUCCCCACCCCUGUUCCUGCACACUUCCGCCGACCCACCGUUCCAGACCUCCGGUUGUUGCUGUUGCUGUCGCUGUCGCUCACCACCACCGACCUCCUCAUACCGCCACCGUCCCUGCCUCCGGCUGUCAUUAUCGCACACCACCGCCGACGCUCCGUCGCACCACAAUUGUCGCUGCACCAUACUACCACCGUUGCUGCCCCACACCACCAUCAACGACACCCCAGGUAUGUAUGUAUGUCGAUUUCAGUUUGCUCACAUUUCACAAAUUUUUCCCCUAGAGAAUCAAUUUCAGUUUCUGUGAUUUCAAUUGUGCUUUCCAUACUUGUAACCUGUCGAUUUCUGUGAUUUCGGUUUCUUCUCCCCCUUAUCAAUAUAUUAAACGUCUUGUGAUUGUCAACCUUUUGGCCAUGAUUUGAACCAUUUUGAACCCCCACAAUAUAUUAGAUUUCUCAAGACUCGCUUGUUGCUUAGAAUCAUCCAGUAAAGUAGGAGGAGGAGUUCCAUCAAACACCUGUUUGGUCUCCAUGUUUAUGCUUGGAUCAGAAAUCGGCCUUACUAGUUACUACUGGUGGUGAGAUGGAGAAUUCCAUUUAAUGGCUUAUCGAGCUUGUACCAGAACUUCAUCAAUGGCUCAUCAAUUAUGCAUUCCGGAGGAGAUGCAUCUCCGAAAUAACACAUUACACCGUUUGCACGAAUGGAGAACUCUUUUGGAAUGAAUUCGUUCAUUGCAGGAGUUGCAGGAGACAUACGGGUGGUAGCAUUGGAUUUGAGGAGCACCGUCUUAAAUUGAAACAGUUGACGGGUGAAGACCCCUCAUUCAUUGAUCUUUAUUAUAAGACACAUCUUACCGCCGAAUCAAAGAAAAUAUAUUUUGGGGGAGAUAAAGAGGCGCCAGUGGAUUUUGUGAAUGAGACAUCUAGGGUGGCGAUCAUAAGAAUCAUAUAACAAAGCCCUAUCUAAAAAAUAUGGUGAUGAUCCGACUCAACAUAAUGUGAAUGAUCCUGAAUUGUGGACCCAAACAUAAUUGCUUAGGAAAGGCGGGAAACAAAAAGGUCCUAUCUAUGGGGCAGGAUACUCGGAUCUUCACUUUUUGAUGACGGGUGCAUAUUCUUAUGAGUCAACUUCAGCUUCUGCUGACUUUGCAAAGUCACAACAGGAGGUAAAUGAGUUGCGACAACAAAUGUCAAACAUGCAACAAGCCAUGGAUGAAAAGCAAAGUGAAAUGAAUUUGCAAAUGCAACAAAUGCGAAAUGAAAUGGAAUGGCAAGUGCAACGACAAUUGGCGGCCUUUAUGAAACAAAUCAAUCCGUCCGGUAAUCCACCAAGUAGUUCUUAGUUUUUGUUUUAGAACACUAAAUUAAUGUUAUGUUAUUGACUAGUUCUUAGCUUUUGUAAUGGUAUUGUAAUGGUAUUUUGAGUAUUUGAAUGUAUGAAUGGUAUGUUAGUGACUAUUUUAAUGCUAAUGAAUGUAAUGG